AUGUCCGGUGCUCUUGUCGAGCACGCUCAACACGUAGUACCAGCAAUUCGUAAUGUUUCUGCCUUAGUUGCCGCGGAGAAUAAACCAGAUGAUGCAAUGCUGGACCCUGAUGAAGAAGCUGGCAUGCCGAUAAAGAAUGUGCGGACGAUGAACGGCGAGAGGACGGUGGAAGUGGAGAUGGCAUUCGGUUGCGAUCUGUUACGUGGUCAGUCAUAA